GGUGGGCUUGGAUCAGUUGGGUUUUACCAUUUGUGCUAGUAGGUUCGUGCUGCUCGUCGCUCAGUUGAUUGGAAAAAUACGAAGGAAACCCCCCCCUCCCCCUCUGAACUUGUUUGACUGGCAACGUUCACACAGACAUUGCCUAUCUACUGUGUGCAGUUCUAGUUGUUCUCUUGUUGAUUUCGAAACUGUCUUAAUUGAGCACGAGUGAUUCGAGACCACGACACACAUACAUUCUCUGGAUUAAAAUCAUUUCUCAAACAGCGGACGCAGCUUUUACAGGGUCUUCUGCUUAGAGAGCCGCCAAGUAGGUCGACUGCCGACAGCAGCCAAUUUUGACGGCACCGCGCGCAAACUGGUUACGAGCCAAGGACAAUUUUUUUUUUUUUUUGGCUCGUUUUUGUUUGGUGUUUUUCCUGUUCCGAUCUCCACCUGUAUUGGCUUUCGGUUUCGCCAAUCCGCAACAAUGGUGCAGUGAUUCCACGCAACCUGUGACGCCCUUUUUGUCGCUGAUCCUUCCAUCCUGGACACGCGCUGGCGGCAAACAUAGAAACGACAGACAAUAAUCAUCAGGGCCAAUAAAAAAGCAAACGAAAGACGACAAAGAAAAGGAGAGUCCACCAGAAGAAGGAAGAAAUAUAGAAAUACAAAAUAUUGGACAAUGGCCUCAUCUCAUCAGACGACGGAAAGGAGACGUAGUAGCAGCCAUGCGAUGUCAUCCACAUCAUCAACGAGCUUUUGCCAGAGGCGGACAGUGUUCCGGCCGCGUCUCCAAUCGCUCCUGCCUCUCUGUUACCUGGUGGCGGCGGUGAGCUGUUGGACGUUGGUUCACGCCGGUUGGCAAGAUGACAUCCUGCCCAGGAGAUCCAUCACGCUGGCUCCGGAACAAGUACAACGCUUCCACGGAAACCACUCUCACCCGGAUCAUUUUAAAUUACUGGAAACGAACGGCGAUUCCAUCCUAGUCGGCGCAAGGAAUAUCAUCUACAAUUUGAGUCUGAAUGAAAUGACAGAAAAUCGAGCUCAGAGGGUUGAAUGGUAUCCGGCUUCGACUCACCGGGAAAUGUGUCUCGUCAAAGGCAAAUCAGAGGAUGAUUGUCAAAAUUACAUCCGAGUGCUUGCCCGGAUCAACGACGAGGAGAUGCUUGUCUGUGGAACGAACGCUUACAAUCCGCUUUGCCGCAGAUACGGCCGUAAUGCAAGCGGAGUGGAAGUUCUCAGAGAGUUCUCCGGAAAGGGACUAAGCCCUUAUGAUCCUAAUCACAACAGUACGGCUGUGUUUUCCGACGGUGAAUUGUACGCUGGAACCGUUUCCGAUUUUUCCGGUUUGGAUCCGCUAAUUUACAAGGAUCCCCUGCGAACAGAGCAAUACGAUUUUAAACAUUUGAACGCUCCCAAUUUCGUCAGCUCCGUAGCCGAUGGGGAUUACGUUUAUUUCUUUUUACGUGAAACAGCUGUCGAAUACAUCAAUUGUGGCAAGACGGUGUAUUCACGCGUAGGCCGCGUGUGCAAAAACGACAAGGGAGGCCCGCAUCGUUGGUCUAAUCGUUGGACAUCAUUUCUGAAAUCUCGUCUCAACUGCUCUCUGCCCGGCGAUUUCCCAUUCUACUUUGACGAAAUCCAAUCGACGAGCGACGUUGUAGAAGGAACUUAUGGGCACAGGACGGAGCGUUUGAUCUACGGCGUCUUCACCACGCCGGAGAACUCCAUUUACGGUUCGGCCAUCUGCGCCUUUCGCCUCCAAGACGUGAUGGAUUCGUUCGACGGUGCUUUCAAGGAACAAACUUCGAUGAAUGCUAAUUGGUUACCCGUGAGCGGCAAUGACGUUCCCGAGCCUCGACCUGGCCAGUGCGUUAACGACUCGCGUACCCUCCCCGAAGUGACGCUCAACUUCAUCAAGUCUCACUCGCUGAUGGAUGAAUCUGUACCCGCCUUUUACGGGGUACCCCUCGUCACUCACACUUCCCUCAAGUAUAAAUUUACCAAACUGGCCGUGGAUCCUCAAGUGCGGACAGCCGAUGGUAAAACUUACGAUAUACUCAUUAUCGGGACCGACAAAGGCAAAGUGAUUCGAGCGAUCAACACAGAGUCGUACGACUCGGUCAGCAAAGUGCGACCGGUCGUCAUCGAAGAAAUCAAAGUUUUUGAAACGGAAGCUGCCAUCACCAACUUGCGGUUUGUUCCGCAAACAGACAAAAUGGGACCUCGACUCAUUGUGGUUUCCAAUGACGAAAUACAAACGAUUCCACUCCACCGUUGCUACACAGACAGCGUCAUCACUUGCAGUGAAUGCGUGGCUCUGCAAGACCCCUACUGUGCAUGGAACGCCGCCACGUCCCGUUGCGUCACCGUAGCAUCAGUCGCACCUACCGCCCAAUCUGCACUUAUCCAAAGCAUUUUUACGGGAUAUUCUGAUCAGUGUCCGGAUAAUGCUAUCAUUAAAACGAAAAACAGGACUCCGUCAUCACCAUCGGCCGAAACAGUUGUUCCCGAGGAGCCGCUCUGUGCCCCGUGUCAAUGUCCCUGUGCGACGUCGGCGGCGGAGGCAGCGGCAGCGACGGAAAGUUUGAUAUCCAGCACGACUGCCACCCCCGACACCACUACCACUGGUAGCAGUACCGCUAGUACCACAACUUCUUCCACCACCAUUUCUUUUAGUAGCACGACUUGGCCAAGUCCCCGCCGUAUGCACCAGGGGUUAGACGUGGAAUUAGAAACGAACGUGAUAGUGGAGGAAGGCGAGCAUAAAAGACCCUAUAUUGAACCUGGUCACGACGUCUUUGACGAUAACGUCAUCAACGCUGCAGGUCCAAAAGUGGGUGCCUCACAGUCAUCAUUUGGCAUCUAUACGGCAGAAACGUUCACAAUCGCCGUUGUGGUGUCGUGUUUUGCUUCACUGGUUGUGGGCUUCCUCAGUGGUUUGAUGUUUUCCCGACGAUGCAAAAUGGGCGACUCUUUUGCAUCGUCUUCUGGUGGUUUUAACGGAGCACCAUACCUGGAACAAAGGAGAUUAAGCAGGCUUAACGAGACAAAUGGAUCGUGCAACGAGCCAAGCAAAAUGAACAACUUCGUUGACAGUCUUAACAGCGCCGUACUGAAAAUGGCCAAUGAGAAAAACAAUGCCAAUGCUAAUAAUACCACGAGCACGCUUGACUUGAAGCCGGCGGUUCAAAAAGUCAAAAAGACUUACGUCUGAUUUAUUUCAUCUCUACGGAUCACCACCUUCUCCUUGUGGUAACUGUUCGAUCACCCAUCGUGGGCAACUCGUGCAGAUCUUGAAUCGACGAGGAGGAAUAUGGCUUCAUAAUUUAAUCUGAAUGAAAUAUAUAUAUAUAUUUUUUAAGAUGUAAAAGAGUAUCAUACACAUUGUUGCCAAAGUUUGUAGACAUCCGGCAGCGGCGGAGAUAAUCAGCAUGUUGUACAGACGAUUGUUGAAAACAAAUUUUUUUCUCGAUUAAAUGAAUUUUGAUAUCGCAUGUAAAUACCAGAUUCACUCCAUUAUGAUCACCCCAUGUUCCCACGUUUUCUUUUGUUGGAUGGGUUUCCAUUUGCUCAUUGUCACUCUCAUCAAGUGCCUGCAUGUAAUUGUAUGUAAAAUCCAGCUAUGGUAAACGCGCAUUCUUGUCGUGCUCUAUUCAAUACUCUUCCGGUCAAGAGUGGCAGCGCUUCAUCCCACCCGUCGUCCGCAACCACCGCAUCAUCACCGUUUUCCCCAUAUUUAAACGACAAUUGCCCUGUCCCCAUCAGAGUAAGUUCAUCUUCCAUCGACAUCCAUCUGAAAUUUGUUUGUAAAACUUUAUACAGCCGUUAUUGCAUGCGUUGAUGCUAAAAACGUCAGCUACGUGACAGACAUAAAUACAAGUUUGAAUGUC